AGCCGCCGCCGCCUCUGGGCCAAUAGGAGGCCGGGGGCGGGCCCGCCCUCUAGGUUGCCUUGGAAACAGAAUCCCAGCCCUUCGGUUGCCUUGGAAACCUGAGGGAGCCUGCCCAACCGGCUGUCCAUCAUCCAUCAGUCCGAGCUGCCGGGCCCGUCGCUCCGUCCGUCCGUCCGUCCUUCCGUCCGGUCCUCGAACCGACUGCCAAGCACCCGGCCCGUGGCGCUGCCCAUCCUUCCGGCCCACCACGGUCCGGCCCCCGGGACCAGCCCGUCCGAGGCCGCCGUCCGGCCCUGCGGCCCGUCCGCCGGCCUCCUCUUCCUCCGUCCUCCCAGCCCCCCUGCUCGCCCAGCCCUGGCGACGGUGCUCCUCCCCGAGGACUCUUUCUUCCAGGAUUUCCAGGCCCAGUGCCAGGAGGAGGAGGGUUGGCAGGCCAGGUAUGCCAAGGACAACGUGGUGGUCUGUACCCGGCCCCCCCCCGGGGCCCUCCGACCGCAGCCAAGCCGCCGUGCACAAAAUCAAGGGCUGCGUGACCAUUGGCGAUGUGCCAAUCGAGACGGUUUAUGACGUGUUGCACGACCAAGAAUAUCGCAAAACCUGGGACAUCACCAUGCUCGACUCCUUCGACAUCGCGCGGAUCAACAACACCACCGACGUGGGCUACUACGCUUGGAAGUGCCCGAAACCCAUGAAGAACCGGGACGUGGUCACCCUCCGCACCUGGAAGGUGACCGACAACACCUGCAUGAUCAUCAACUUCUCCGUCACGCAUCCGAACUACCCGCCACGCAAGGACAUGGUUCGGGCGGUCUCCAUCCUGACGGGCUACUUGCUGCUCUCCACCGGCCCCCGGAGCUGCCACCUCACCUACCUGGCCCAGCUGGAUCCCAAGGGCUCCCUGCCCCCGUGGGUGAUCAACAAGGCUUCCCAGUGCGUGGCCCCCAUGAUGCUGCGGAAGCUCCAGAAGGCCUCGCGCAGCUACCCGGCCUGGAAGCGGGAGCACGGCCAGCACGUGAAGCCGUGGCGCUACCCGGAGCAGUGCACGCUGCCCGUCAUCUCCGUGGGCCAACUGAGGCACGGCGGUGGGCCGGACCCCGCGGGCGAGCCCCGGGACUAGAGGGGGACCGGCGCGGACCCCCCGAUUGCUUCGUCCUCAAUAAAGGGGCUGUUUCUGGGGGUCCCACGGCGUUUCCUUCGAGCCUACGGCGCUGGACCGAGCCCUUGGAGGAAUGC